UCAACACCGGAGAUGGGUGGACGAGAUCUGAAAGUCGAUCGACACGCGUUUUUCAGGACAUCAAGAGCGAUGGCGAUAUCACCACAAUUAUGGGAGAACAUCCGGAAGGAAAACGGAACAUCAAAUGGAUCGACACGCGAUUUUGAGGGCGUCAGGAAGCAACGGCGAUGAGACUUCGUCCACACGUCAGAUGCCGUCGUUGGAGGCGUCCGACGAUCUUGACUGCGAAAGCCGCAAGCCAUUGCCAUUUGCUGACGUCAUGCACAAGAUGAUGAUGUCAGCGUAUCGUGCGCAUAUCGACUCGUGUGUGAUUGACGGAGCAGGUGGUGCUGUAGAGCAAGACUUGCACGGCCGACUGCAUUGCGAUAUCCUGAGUAGACUGGGAAAGAGGACCCUCAACCCAGGGUCGAAGAAAGUGGAUCGUCAAGCGAUCUUGAGGACGUCAGGAAGCAACGGCGAUGCAACUUUGUCCACGGGUCAGAUGCCGUCGUCGGAGGCGUCCGACGAUCUUGACUGCGAAAGCCGCAAGCCAUUGCCAUUUGCUGACGUCCUGCGCAAGAUGAUGACGUCAGCGUGUGUCACUGAAUGGGGACUUUCGUCGUUGUGAUUGGUGGACGUCGUGGGCUCAAGAUCGUGCGCAUAUCGACUCGUGCGUCGUCGACGGAGCAGGUGGUGAGGAAGAACAAGACUUGCACGGUCGAAGAAAAAGUUGAAGGGAAAUGAGAAGAGGUGGGGGUUUGAAAGAGUGAAGGGGCCGAGCAGGCGGCGUGGGCUUCUUACUGACCUGCGAGUCGAUAAACACCUCCGACCGAC